ACUAAGGAACUGAGGCAGUGUCUGUUGCUGGGUGUGAAUACUGUGACGCGUGGUUUGGAGUCUUCGUUGGUUGGCUGUGUGCUUCUUGCUCACGAUGCAGACCCAAGGAUGCUCAUAAGCCACAUCCCCAUUAUGUGUGCUAUGCAGGGUGUUCCCGUUCUCAUCAUGUCUUCUCUGCGAUCGAUUGUCAAUACCACACUUGGCUUCUCCUGUUUAGCUCUUGGUAUCAAAAGAUCAGCUGUGGAGUCAGAGGGCGGCCAUUUCCACACAGUCUUCAAGACAGUAAUGGAGCUGUGUAAGACGAUACCUGUGCCAGAGCCCCUUCCUGCCUUCUGCUAUGCCUUGUCGCAUGGUCCAACUGAUGAUCAGGCAGAAAAAUCAUCAGACCCACAGCCUACUGAAGUGAAAGUUAGUGCAGAUGUCUACAAAUAUCGCAGCUCAAGGAAGGAGCGCGCAUUUGUGCCAAGAUUGCCUUCUUCUUCUCUUCAGCCAUCUGUGGACUUCCUGUCCCUUGAUAUGGGUACUGAUACCGUCUCCAACAAGGUGAUAUUGGGUACGUGCGUCAGAAAAUUUGUGGAUGAGCCAAUGGAUGUGCAGGACAAAGGCACCCAGAUAAUGUGUAGGCAACCACAGUUUCAGUAUCAGCCACUGAGACUGAAGCAAGCAGUGCCCAAUCCCAAGAAGAUAAGAAAGAAGGAAAUAAAGAAAAGAAGAAAGUGACUCUGUGGUAUUUGUCAAUCAGCAUAAAGAUGGCAGCCUUUUAGGAUAUUGGACUGUGUAGUCUCAUGUAACUUGGCUCAAUAAGUUACUCAUCACCCUGUUGAAAGAGGCAGUAUGCACCUCUGAAAUAUCAGUCAACUUUUAUGAGACUGCAUGACACACUAUCCCAAAAGGCUGUUAUUUUCAUAAUCACCAUGUGAGAACCUGAAAUAUCUAACUAACUAACUAGAUGGCUUACUGAACGCAAAGGUUCAUC